AUGGCUCAUUUUGUUCCUGCAAAGAAGUCAUUCACAGCAGCAGACACAGUGGAGCUCCUAGCCGACAGUCUUAUCCGCUAUCACGGUUUCCCAGAAGUGCUUAUAUCGGAUCACGACCCCCGUUUCCAAUCAGACCUUUGGAACCAGCUCUGUCGCCGCUUCAACAUCAAACGGUGCAUGUCCUCGUCCUACCAUCCCCAAAGCGACGGCCAAACUGAACGGGUGAACCGCACACUGGAGCAGAUGCUUCGUACAUAUAUCAGAUCUGACGAACGCGAGUGGGAGCGUUUGCUUCCAGCCUUGGAACUUGCCUACAACACAACAAGCCAUUCAUCCACUGAGCUCUCUCCUUUCGAGGUCAUGAUUGGAGAAAACCCAUUGACUGCGGCGGAACUUGAUAUCGUAGGCGCGUUAGCUCCUACACUGACUCCUCCCAUGACUAAGCUUUUUCGGCAGCUCUGCGACAGAGUGCAGAGUCACAUCCUGAAGGCGAAAUGGCAGCAGAAGUAUUACGCAGACACAAAACGUCGAGCAGUGGAAUACGCAGUGGGAGAUACGGUCUGGCUCAGCAGCAAGCACCUACCGCCUUUCAACAGCUGCCCUAAGCUUGAGCCCCGCUACCGCGGACCCUUCGAAGUCCUCGAACGCAUAGGAACUGUUGCUUACCGUCUCGCUCUGCCUCCCACUUAUGAAUGCCAUGAUGUUUUCCACGUUUCUCAGCUAGUUCCCCACCGCCCCCGCCCUCCCGCUUUGGUUCCCUCGGCAGCCGACGCUGCCUGGCCUCCUAUCCACGAUGCAGCAGGCAAUCCCACAGGUGAAUACGAAGUCGACUAUAUUAUGGACCAACGCGGCUCGGGAGAUGCAGCCCAGUACCUCGUGAAGUGGCGCGGGACCCCUGAAGAGCAAGCCACAUGGGAACCAGCUAACCAUCUUACCGGCUGCCCGGCUUUGCUUCGCGCUUGGCGCCGCCGCCAACGAAGACGUCUUCAGGCUCGAAACAACAUUGGCCCUUCCGAAGCGUAG